AUGUUGACCACUCACCUGCCAUUCCUAAUGGGUCCAACGAUGCUGAACUUGAAAAUCGACCCAUUGAUUCAAACUAGUGCCGUUACCGGACUUGGCAUUCUCUUCGCUCAAACCGGUCAUACAAAUGUUGUUAAUAAGCUACUUAACGAGGGUUGUGUUAUAAGGACAUUCGAUUAUGACGUGAAAUGCAUUCCAGGUGGAGCGCUGGUAACUUGGAAGGCGGCUGAGUUGCCUGAAGUGUUUAUUGCAAUAAGCACUCACAAUUUCUUGUGA